AUGGUUGGCGGAGUUGAAGGCGUAAGAUCGAUCGUGUCCAAGCCAGGGUACCAACCGACGAUGAGCAAGUAUGCGCUUCCGACGACCGACGAAAUGCGGCAGCUGCAUGCAGCAGACCAGAGCAGUGUGUUCCAGUCCAACUUCUUCAAGCUCCAGGUUGACCAGCUGCUGGAGGAAGUCACGAUUGACUACUCGUCGUUCUCUUCGGUGAAUGCAGUGUUGUUUGCGCUGAAAGAGGCAUUGGAUGCGAUUCCAGAGCAACAAGUCACAUCCCAGGCGCUCAACAUGCCUGGUUUGGUCGUCCACCACCACCACAAGGAAGUUGUGCUUCCGUUUCACCCACCAGCUCGCCUCGACGUCGUCGGGAGCUACUCGUUGCGCCAUGGCAUCCUCCUCGACCACACCUUCACAAUCGACGUUGCGAUCCACCUCCCCGACGAAUGCUUUGUUCCGAAAGACUUUACCAACUACCGAUAUCACGACAAGCGAAACAUGUACCUUGGCGUCCUCGCGUCGCAUCUGCAGACACCACCCAAGGGCAAGACGUCCAAGCAACUGCCGUGGACCGGUGUGUCGGUGGCGCCGUUCGCUGGCGAUACAUCCAAACCCAUCCUGCGCCUCCAUCUUCCUCCGAUAAAGAAAACGCAAGUCGUGGUGCAGUUGAUCCCGGUGGUGUCGUUUCAGUGCAAAUUCCCCGUUUCAAAGCUCCAUCCAGGCAAGAGCAACCUCCGACAUGACCCGCCGCUCGACGCCACGCCCGUGUACAACAACUCAGUGCUUGAAGACAUGGCGUUACUCAGCCACUUUCGAGCGCUGCAUGCCGUUGCUGCCCAGUCCGAAUCGUUUGUCCAGGCAUGCAUUCUCAUCAAAGUGUGGCUGCGACAACGGCAGGCGACGACAUGUGCGCCGGACGCGCUCAACGGGUUCCAAGCGACCAUGCUGAUGCUGUACUUGAUUCGAUCCGGGAAAUUUUCGUAUUCGACUCCAGCCGAUGCAAUGGUGAAGAUCUGGCUCCAGUUUGUCGCGACCACGGACUUGGCAACCACCGCGCUAGUCUUUCCCGCGGCGUCUUCCAAAGAUAUGGAUGGUUUAGAUGAAGAUAUCGUUGUGAUGCCGACACCAGCGGGCGUUGCUGCCUUCCAACGUGCAUUUGACGUUGUAUUCCUCGACCCCAGCGGUCGAGUCAACGUCGUCAGUCGUGUCUCCCGGACGGGGUGGCGCGAGCUCCAGUGGUUGGCGCAGCAGUCCAUCCAAGUGCUGCCGAAGGCGACGGCGGAAGCCUUUCAAUUUAUCUUUAUCGACCGCCACUCGUUCUGGACUCGGUACGACGAGUACAUUUGGGUGCCCGUGUCGACUAGCGUGGUUCAGAAUGUGGAGAUUCCCGGCGACCUGGCACUGCCCAACGACCUAGAGCGGGUGGUGGCGAAGGCGCUGGGCGACCGCGUCCAUCGCAUUCGACCAGUGGCCAUCAAACCGUCGGCAACGACGUGGGCACUGACGGAAACCCCUCCAUCGAUUCACAAGGUCGUAAUCGGACUUGGUGUGAACCCCGACAAUGCUCAUCGCAUCGUGGACAAAGGGCCGGAAGCAGACAACGCCGUCGAUGCCGCGGCCUUUCGCGCGUUCUGGAAGACCAAGGCAGAGCUGCGACGAUUCAAAGACGGAUCGAUUGUGGAAGCGGUCGUGUGGGAUGACGUCCCGCCGUCGCAAAUUGUGUCGCAAAUCGUACACACGAUCCUGCCGCUUCAUUUUGACGACGCUACCGUCGACGGACGCGCGAUUGUGUCGUCCAACCAAACGUGGAACGAAGUCGACUACUCCAUCAACCCUCUCCUUCGCACGUGGACAGCACUACAGUCGAAGCUUCGUGACUUGGACGACACAAUCCUCCCGUUGAAGGUCGUGGACCUUCAGUUGAUUGCUCCGGCGCUGCGCCGCACGGCCGCAGACCCUCCCACACCACAUCCCCUCGCCGGCAACUCGGACGUGGCGCCCCCCCAAGGCGCCAAGUUCGUCACGACAACCCUUGAGCCGUACACGGUCGUGAUGCAAUUUGAAACGAGCUCGUCGUGGCCGACGACUCCCGAUGCCGUUGCGAACGCCAAGCUCGGGUUUUACGUCCAAAUCGCUCUGGCCCUGGAAAAAUUCGGCGCAUGCGAAGUUCACGAACACGGCAUGGACAUCCUCGUGGGAGGCUUCCCCUUUCGCGUCGUGAUUGUCACCGAGCGCGAAAAGAACUGGCCCCACUCCCACUUCUACGCGCUGCACUACGGCGCCCUCCACGCAAAGAUGAUCCACGCCGUCAGCACUCAGCACUCUGCAUUCGCCCCAACCGUUCGUUUGUGGAUGAAGUGGCUAGAUGCCCACUUGGCUACGUCCCUUCUCCCGCUUGAAAGCAGUGAACUCCUCGUGGCGUCUGUGUUUCUGUCGCCUGCGCCCCCUCAGUCUGUGCUCUCGGGUUUUACCCGUGUGCUGCACUUGGUUGCUCGCUUCGACUGGAACACGCAGCCCUUGAUCGUGGAUCUGCACCAACACUUCACCGAAGAUGACCGCCGAGAUAUCCAAAAGCAAUUCACGGCGUCCCGCAGCAGUCCAAGCACCCACCCUGCCUUGUACAUUGCGGCAUCGUACGAAACAGCGCCCAAGACGUCCUUUUGGACGCGCCACGUGCAUGAACCGGUGCUCGCCCAGCGGUUAGUGUCACUGGCAAAGGCUACGUCAGCGCAAUGGACGCAUUGGCUAGCCCACGGCGCGGCGCCCCAUGGGUGGCAAGCGUGCUUUGCUCACGUGAUGGAUUACGACGUGGUGUUCCACUUGGCGCAUUUGGGCAACAAGGACGUGUUUCCGUCGGCGAAGGGUCGAUUUGCAAUUCCAUUUUACAAAAAUCUCAAACAAUCCAAUCCGUUUGGCCAGCUUUUUGUGGGCCUCCACCCCCUGGAAGACGUUCUCUCGGCGCUCCAUGCGCGCUUCGACCACCUGGCCCUCUUCUUUGUCAACCAAGAAGUGGUGGCCGUGCGAUGGAAGCCGGCGGCAUUUCUUCCCGCCCGCUUCCGCGUGCUCCAUGCAACCCAUCUAUUGGCGCUUUCGUCGGACAACGACGCCAACCACGACAAGCUUGCAGUUCGUGGCAUUCCGCAAGUCCUGACGGUGCUACAAGAAAUGAAAGCCAUGCUGCACGGACUCGUCGACCGCGUCGAGUUGAAGUAGACCCAACACAUAGAAAUCCAACAUCGCCGUAUUUACAUGUAAUCUAACCAUGUGCAAUAUCUUUCCCA